AUGCGACUUUCUUUGACCAAAUCCUUAUCAAUUUCAACCAACACCACCUCAAAAUGCUUCAUCGACUGUGGAUUUGUCCUGUAUCAACAUUCAAAGCUUGAAAUAGAUGUUGGUAUCCUCAACAUCAAGCGUAAGGUUGAUUUGACUGAUCCCAAUCUUUUCAACAAUCUUCUUGAUCAAAUCUGGGAGAUCUUCUCUCAAGAGCUUCCCAAGUACACGAACAUCAAACACCUCCCGCCAUCUGUGGAGAACUACAUCAGUCUAUCCCAAGGAAAAAGCUGUCUUACCAAUCAAGAGUCACUUCUCUAUGUCUUAGAACAAUCUACCGACAAAAAGCCAGUUCAGAUUGACCUUACCUACCAACAUCCAGACCUGGACGAUGAUGAAGGAUUCAAAGAUUCAAACUCCGAUUCUGACUCACCACGCGCUUCAAAACCAGCUUGUCCUUUAGCAAGAAAGAACCAGCGUCCCUCAACAGAUCCAGUCAAGGCCAAAAACAAUGAUCAGUGGGCUCUUGGAGGUAUUGCAUGUACUAUGCCCCAAUAUGGAUCAGGGGGCUUGAACACCCAGUUAGGCGUUCUUGGCCAAGGAGCAUGCUUUGUUGAUGUCAAAACUAGUGGAGGGAUGAAUGCUUAUUGA